AGUGCCAGGGUGCUGAGGAUGCUCUGGGGUAGCUCCUGCCCAGUGCCAAGGGGAAGCCGAGUGCCCUCUGGUUUCCCACGAGCUCCCUGUCAGAAAUGGGCCGGGUUUGUGCUGCUCACAUUAAGAUGAAAGAAAGAGCAGGAGAGAAACAGCUUCUAAGAGGCUUAAAAGCAACAGGCUUUCUUUUCCUCCUGGGAAGGGCACACAGCCAACAUCUUGCUCUUUACAGAUCUCUCUUAAUAAGCAGAAUAUUGCAUUAGGAGCAACUGAGCCUGCCAAGUACGAGCAGAACAGCCCUGCAUCCCCAGCUCCCUUCACCCCCUGCACGUGUGGCUCUGGGACCCUCGGGCUCUCACCUGGGCAGGGUGGCAGCACUAAGGGCUGGCUGACCCUGGGGCUGCUGCUGUGUCUGAUGGGUGUUGGUGGAGUGGCUGGUGGAGGGCUCCUCCUCUCCUGCAUUUUCUUGCCAGAUGCUUUGAUAGGAGUGAGGCUGGGGAGUGUUGAAAGAUUAUUUUGGGAAAGCAGCAUCUGAGCAGGAAUGGGAGGAGAUCUAUUUUGUUAGAAGAGCUGUGGGCACAGUUGGCCUGUGAGGGCAAGAAAGGCUCCCUGGCAGGCUGGUGUCCACAUGUAAGGACUCUGUGAUGCUCUGGUUGGGCUAGGCCCAUCCGGAAGCCCUGCAGGCAUGGGCCUGAGGCUCCUGGAUGUGCAGGGUUGGCUACUUUGAAAAGAAUAAAUCCUCCUUUUCUUCACAUCCCCACUGAGCUAAAAGGAGCAUGGCCCAGUUUGUGGCUUUGUAGGUCACUGAAGGAGAAGGCAGGCUCUGCUGUGAGCCUGGAAAUGCUCUGUGCCAUGGCAACUCUGCUUCCCUGGGCUCUUCAGGAAGAAACUGGAGUGAGAAGCAGGAGGGAGAUGACCCCCAGCUGCCCCGGUAUCACUCUUUGAAGCUGAGUGGCUGCAACACCACUUCAGACCUUGGGGGAGGAAUUCUAGUCAGGAACUACGGACAUCCUGGGGGAGACUCUGUGUCUGUCAGGAAUCUGCCUAGCUCCUGGGGGGGUCAGUGUGCUCCUCUGUGGGCAGCAAGAGGUGAUGGUGCUCCUCCAGGCACUGAUUAAAUUUCCUGCUGCCUUGCAGGAGGCUGCUCGGUGGCAGAGAGCGUGAACUAGGAAAAAAUGAGUAGAAUAAAGCAAAGCCAUGCAGAUCCAGUGGAAGAAGCUGCCUUCCAACUACACUGCUCAGAGGAGCUGCUUCUCUCAGCUGUCAAGGCCUCUGAGCUGCUGCUGAGGGGAAGAGAACAGGGGUGCCUGGAGCCAUGUCCAAUGACCCACCCCCCCCCUACCCGGGGGGCCCCUCGGCGCCGCUGAUAGAGGAGAAGCACGGCCCUCCCUCUGCACCAGAGAAUGUCACCCCAGUGGUGGGACAGCCCCAGGGGGUUCCCAUCCCCCCUCCCGAGUUCGGACCCCCCCCGUAUGAGCCCCCCUCGCAGCCGGGGUUCGUGCCCCCGCCCAUGCCCACGGACGGCUCUGGGCCCUACGUGCCACCAGCAGGAUACUACCCACCCCCAGGCCCUCACCCCCCCAUGGGCUACUACCCCGCCCCAGGCCCCUACCCCUCUCCUGGUGGCCACACGGCCACAGUGCUCGUCCCACCUGGAGCUGCCACCACGGUCACAGUGCUGCAGGGAGAGAUCUUCCAGGGCGCCCCCGUGCAGACCGUGUGUCCCCACUGCCAGCAAGCCAUCACCACCAAGAUCUCCUACGAGAUCGGGCUCAUGAGCUUCCUUCUUGGCUUCUUCUGCUGCUUCGUGGGGUGUGACCUGUGCUGCUGCCUGAUCCCCUGCCUGUUCGAUGACUUCAAGGACGUGACACACACGUGUCCCAACUGCAAGGCCUACAUCUACACGUACAAGCGCAUGUGCUAACGGCGCCCAGGAGCCACGGGCCCUGCCCCACCCGUCUCUGCUCAUCGCUCCUCGCUUCCCCCGCGGUGCUGUGUGUGUGUUAUCCCCGGCUCCCUCCGCACAGAGCCGCCUCCGCCUGCCCCCGGCGCUGCUCCUCACUGGCAUUGUUGGAUGGGUGACACUGGUGCACAGGGGAGGGAGGCCAAGGGCCCAGACAGUUUGUGGGGGCUGCCCGGCAGUGCGCAGGAGUGGGGGCAUCACUCUGCCCUCCAUUCGCCACCACGGUGUGAGGGAGGCCCCUCUCCCCUGGAGCAACCCUGGAAGAGCAGCAGCUGCUGGAGGUGCCCACCGCAGUCCCUCGGUGCAGGGGGUGCCUGGCUGCAGGGAUGUGCUGGGAUGGGAGCGCAGGAGGGGACCCAGGCAGCCCGUGGUGCCCUCAGGGGAUGCAGCACAGCCUUUGUGGCACUUUCAGGAGACAGGGCAGUGGUUCAGAGCCCCUCCAGCCCCGUGGCAAAGGCCCUUCCCGAGGGGAGGCAGAGCUGCCUCUAAGCACGGGGAGGGGCCCGGCAGCAGCACUGCACCCUUAUCACACCUCCGUCCUGCCCGGUGGCCACUCCAGCUGCAUGCGCCUCCUCCCAGCCCCGCGCGGCUCUCGGGGCAGGGCCAGCCCCAGGCAGCCCUCGCCCCCGGCAACCUGAGAGCCAAAACCGCACCCGGCAUGUCCUGGCUGCCCGGCACGUAGAGUAGAGGAGUUUGUUACCAGCCGCCGCUCCGGGGCCGCUCCUGGCCCGACGGGGGCUGUGGGGCCCUCCUUGCAUGUGGUGUAGGGGGUAUUUUUAGCUCACUCCUGGGGGGCAGAAGGAAGGGGCAAGCAGGCAGCGACAGGAGCUGCCAGCAGCACGCCCACAGCAGGGGCAAGAGGAGCUGGGAGCCAAGUUCAGCCCUUCGGGGCUGCUCCUCCCUCCCCUGCCCCUGCAGCUCCCAGAGUAAAGUGGGGGGUCUCUCAAACAGGUCUGCAAACACAGCCUGGCCUGCACAGGCAGCUGCAGUUUGCUCAGGGGUAGGACUGUGGCACUAGUCAGUGUUUUUAUGUAAAUAAAUAACAGACCCUGAACUCGUGUGCAUCUU